AUGGCCAGCCAAAUCCCCGCAGGCAAGACCUGGUUCGACACCCACAAAGUCCACUUUGAGAACGUCCCCGUCUCCGCCGACCAAGGAGUCUCCACAAACGAGUUCCUCGAUGCCUCCGAAGCCACCACCACGCUCUUCGACCUCCUGGGCUCUGUGGCCUUCACUCCCGUGAAGAACGACAUGACCGGCAACAUUGCCAAGGUCCGUGAAAGACAGAAGGCUGCUCCAGAUACCGCUGCUACUUUGCAAUCCCUAGUCAAGGCAGAAUUGGCGUCGAAAUCACACAAGGCCACUGAGGGUCUACUGUGGUUGGUACGGGGUCUGGAUUUCACCGCUCAGGCCUUGAGGUCCGAUUUGACUUCAAAUGCCGGUGUGUCGGCCACAGAGCAGAAGCCUAGCAAGGAAUUGGCCGAUGGCUUCAGGGCCAGCUAUAAAAAUACUUUGGCUCCUCAUCACAGUUUCUUGAUCAAGCCCGUCUUCAGCGCGGCUAUGAGUGCUACCCCUUAUCGAAAGGACUUCUACGCUCGACUUGGUGGAGAGGGAACAGACCCCGAGACGACGAGACAGGCUUUGGAGAAGUGGGUGGCUGCUCUGGAAGAGAGGGUUGCUAUCCUAAAGACUUUCCUGGCAAGCAAGGAUGCCAAAUGGUAG